AUGGCCGACUUCAUACAUGAAAUCUACGAAUUUUAUUCGGAAAGUGAAGUUCAUUAUUUCUCAUUUGUAAGAGUUGAUAAUGAUACAAUCCAACUUCCAUCCGAACCAACGUUCGACGUUAAUAAGAACUCUAUCAACUAUAAAAUGGAAAAUAGAUCUUCAACUGAUCAUUUUUCUAUUAAAAAUAACGAUAAUAAGCCUCAUACCUUUGCCUAUAAAUUUGAAGUUAUUGUUCCAAAAAAAGAAAAUAUAGUUUUGACUGAAGAUGGAUUGAAAAAUGAAACAAAAUCAAUUAGUUUCGCAUCAGAAAUGUUUCUCGAAAUUAAUACAUAUACAAAAAAUGAUGAUUAUGUAAUUGACAUGAUAUUUUAUCUUAUAUAUAUUGAAAAUCAAAGAGAAAAAACUUUAAUAUUCAUUACCAAUGAUCAUGCUCAAAUGGCAUAUUUUAGAUAUAUAAAUAUAAAAUAUGACCCAAUUCAAUAUCGAGGUUCAAAAGAGUUGAAUUUCAGUUGUGAAUAUGAAGACCGCUAUUGGGACCCAGUAAUAAUUUACUUUAACUUUGAGAAACCAUUCUUUCGAUUUGAUUCAUAUAAUAAUAAUGCAGGAUAUAUAAUUCCAAUAUCUUUUCUUGAAACAGGCAAUUACACAUUUACUUUGGUUACAGAUUACAAUGAAUAUCAUCCAACAUUUGUGUUAAAUAUCACAGAUCCGCCACAAGUUAAAAUCGAAAAUAAUAUUCUUGAAAAAGAAAAUUAUUAUAAGACAACAGAAAAUUCAGUGAAGUUGAUUUAUGAUAUCGAAUUUCCUUCGAAUGUUUUGUAUUCAUUCAAUUAUUAUUUCGAUAAGAAUUAUGAUUCCAAAAUUACAGAAUAUAUUUAUGGAACGAAUUAUAAUGAACACAUUGAACGAAGUAUCAAUCUUCCAUCAAGUCUGAUAUCAAAUGAUCACAAACUUCAUUACUUCUUCAAUGCUACAGGCUUAACUACAGAAACAUUCGAAAAUUCAUUUUCUCUUCUUUAUCACAAACCAAUUAUUCACCUUCUCAUAGAUAAUGACAAAUAUAAUCCUCCAAUUUAUAUUCGUUCUGUAAAUGAUACACUUAGUUUCGAAUACGAAAUUAACGACGACGAUCCAGAUGACGAUGUCACUACUACUAUAUCUAUUGAAUCAACAUCAAUCGUCCAAACAAUUUCAAAAACUGCCCCAUAUCAUGAAACAUUUAAUAUUAUAUUAGGUAAUCAUGAUUUGAAUGAAGAAACUAAUAGAAUUCUUAUUUCUUCGAUAGAUGAGUAUAACACUCCUUCAUCACCGAAAUGUUAUUUUUAUUUCAUAUACAAAUAUAAUAGGCCAGAAAUCGAAUUUCAAAAAGUGAAUAAUAUCACGCAAAUUGAUGAUUUUGUUCGAGUUCAGUGUAAGGUUCGAGAUUUCCGUGGAAAUGGUAUACUAACUACUGUAGUAAAUAUAACAAGUGAUGUCUUCAAUAACUCUAAGCAAAAAGAAUGUGUCAUUGAAGAUGAUUUGUUCAAAGAUGUUAUCAUUGAUAUUCCAAUAACCAGAAAUUAUGAGUAUAACUGCACUAUUUCUCUUUAUGUAUCAAACGCCCAUGACGAAAUUUCAUCUAUUAUCACAAGUGUAUUUCAACUUAGUGAUGUUCCUACAUUCAUGGCAAUUGAAAAAAUCAAGAAAUUCAAGCAUCCAAACAAGUUAAUUCCAUUUAUUUAUUGCUAUAAUUUAUUACAAAAUAAAUAA